GCUGGGACUUUCUGGGAGUAAUUGGUAUUUCACAAUUGGAAGUUGGAUUAAAAUCACGCAUCUUGCAGUUGAAGAAGAACAAAAAUUGGAAAAAGAAGAAAAGAAAUGCAGAAGAGAGAACAGGGGAAGCACGGAGGGUCCGUAGGAGGUGGGAGCUCCACUCCAGCGCCAAAGAGGGGACGCCCAAUCGGGAGUGGAACUAACAGCGCCGCCGUCGCCGCUGUCGCUGCCGCAGCAGAUUCCGCUGCACCUCAUACACUUCUCGGCCCUACUCUUCAGGUCCACAGCGCCUUUGCUGAUCAAAACCAGAAAAGGAUUGUCUUGGCUCUACAAAGUGGCUUAAAGAGUGAUCUGACAUGGGCACUAAAUACUCUUACUGUACUCUCUUUUAAAGAAAAGGAUGAAAUACGCAAAGAUGCUACUCCACUUGCUAAGAUACCUGGAUUGCUUGAUGCUCUUCUUCAGAUUAUUGAUGACUGGCGUGAUAUAGCUUUACCGAAGGAUCUUUCUAGGAACCGACGAGUGAGGUUGUUAGGUGCAAACGCUCUUGUAACAGGUUUUGGAAGUGAAUAUGAGGCUUUGGCCUCCAGUGAUAAUAACUCGCAAUCCAUUGUUGCCUCUGGUUCUUCGGGUAUUGAUUCCUCAUCACGAAAAGUGGCAGCAAGACUUCGACCUACUGGUUGGUGGUUUGAGGAAGAUGGUUUAUUUAAUCUAGAUGAUGAUGGGCGUGCAGAAAAGCAGCUGUGUGCUGUUGCUGCAUCUAAUAUCCUACGUAACUUCUCGUUCAUGCCUGAAAAUGAAGUAAUCAUGGCCCAGCACCGUCAUUGUUUGGAAACUGUAUUUCAAUGUAUAGAAGAUCAAAGUACAGAGGAUGAAGAACUUGUGACGAAUGCCCUUGAGACAAUAGUGAAUUUGGGCCCACUGCUUGAUCUAAGAAUCUUCAGCUCAUCAAAGCCUUCUUAUAUAAACAUAACGGAAAAGCGUGCAGUUCAGGCUAUCAUGGGCAUGCUUGAUUCUCAGGUCAAAGCAUGGCACUGUGCUGCUGCAGAACUGUUGGGCCGUUUGAUCAUAAAUCCUGACAAUGAAACUUUUCUUCUUCCAUUUGCCACUCAGAUUUACAAGCGAUUAGUUGAUCUACUGAGCUUACCAGCAGUUGAUGCACAGGCAGCGGCCGUCGGGGCACUUUAUAACCUUGUCGAAGUUAAUAUGGAUUGUAGGUUAAAACUGGCAAGUGAACGAUGGGCUAUUGAUCGAUUGUUAAAAGUUGUCAAGGCACCACACCCUGUUCCAGAAAUCUGCCGGAAGGCAGCUACAAUUUUAGAGAGCCUAGUAUCUGAGCCACAGAACAGAAUUCCUCUCCUUGCAUAUGAGAAUGCGUUUGCAGAGAUACUCUUCUCAGAAAGCAAGCAUGCUGAUAUUUUUGCAAGGAUACUGUAUGAAUUAACAUCUCGUCCAAACAAUAAACAAGGAAUGGCACGCGGAGUAUGGGGCAUGUAGUAGAAAGACUAAAUUUUGGCAUACUGGAUAGUGACAUGAUCCUCAGUUGUAAUUCACACCAUACCCAUCGUACUUUGUUUUGUUUGGUGUUGGUGAAUCAUGUCUCUAAUCAUUUAUUUGUGAGCAGAAGCUAUUGGUAUAACUGAGAACUGAAAGUCCUGACAUGAUUUAUUUUAGGCCAGAUGUACUUCCACCA